AUGAACGCAAUGGGAAAAGAGCUGCUUCGAGAGUUGCAGCGUAGCGACUGGCUACCGCCAUUUAAUGAAGAUCUGGUGCGACAGGUGGUGGAGGAGUCACGACUGCUGCAUAAGGAGAUAGCGAGGAAGAUGACGGCAUUCCAAGACAACUUGGAAACACAACCGGCGUCCGUGCAUUGCGGACUCGUCGUGAACCACCAGUGUCUACUGCGCAAUAAGCGUUGUCUCAUUGCUUAUGUAUAUCACCGCAUGGAAAAGAUUAAAGCACUGCGGUGGGAAACGGGUACCAUUAUCCCUGAUUCGCUGGCUCAGAACUUAUGCCAGCGUGAGGUGCAGCUCUUUCAUCAGUAUGACCAGCUGCUGACGGAUUACAUGACCGACUUUGAGCUCGAUCUAUCGGCGGAUCUGAAACCUCCAAAGGACUUGUACGUGGAGGUGCGCGUAUUGCGUGAUUGCGGCGAGGUUAUGACAGAGAGCGGGGUAGUGAAUUUAACGGCACAUUCGCAGCAUUUCCUACGACGUGUAGUCGUGGAGCAGCUUAUCCGACAGGGUUUGCUCGAGCAGAUCAAGCGUUAA